UGUGAUCCAUUUCUCCUGCACAAUCCAAGCAAUGUACUUUGAGGACUAUCUUGAAACCAUCGAUGGUCUGCCUUCCGACUUUCAGCACAAUGUUCAACGGAUACGCGACAUUGAUGCCAAGUGCCAGACGUCGAACGAGGCAGUCAAGCGACGCGAGCUCGCAUUCUAUCAGACUGGGCGGCUGGGCACCACGCGCAAGGAGCUGCUGGACGAGCAGGUCGUCGCUUUGAAGCAAGAGUACGCCCAGCUGGCCGGCCUCGCGCAAGAGAAGCUCACCAUUGCAAACGACACGUACGACAUGGUCGAUCGACACAUUCGUCGCCUGGACGCAGAGCUCAAGAAAUUCGCAGACGAUCUCGAGGCAGACUAUCCUGGCAUUACGCCAGAGCUUGAAAAACGAUCGCUGCUUCUCGAUAGCAACUCGACAAGCACCAUGCUGAACAUGAUGGUGAACGAUGGAAAUGCCGCCUCGUCCUCAACGAUGCUGGCAAUACCAAACUCUGUUGUAGCAUCCCGAGCAGCUUCUCCGGGCGCCGUCAUGUUUGCCGUUCCUGGUCUACCUGCCAUGGCCAUGGCCUCAUCACCCACGCCCGACUCGAUUGCUCGUAAAGCGCGAAAAAGCAACGCCGAGCGGAAAGCAGAACAGCAGGCAGCCAUGUCCGUCGUGCCGCAAUUCGAUCUUCUGGACGAGCUGGGCGCCGCUCUUGGCACGAUGACGGAUGCGACAAGCGCGCCCAUUGCGGUGGAAGUUGCUGCGGAAGUGAGCGACGAGCGCUUCUGCCACUGUCGACAGAUUUCUCAUGGUCAAAUGAUUGCUUGCGACGACCCCUACUGCCGAAUCGAAUGGUUCCACUACGGCUGUGUUGGCUUGACCGAGACGCCAAAGGGCAAGUGGUAUUGCUCCGACUGUCUCGCCAACCGCAAGCGUCGCAAGAGCCAACGCGCAGAAUAACGCAGCAGCACCCCCUUUGUUUUCGUUAAUAAACUUCUUGUUAAUUCGGUC